AAGAAGUGGCUGUCAGUGAAUAAAAACCGAUUUGUAUGUAUGUUUAAUUAGAGUGGAGUUGCUUAAAUUUUACGUGAGUGGCUUAAUUCCACGAAUGUCCAAAUUUAAGUAUGUUCUGUGUGAAUAAUUAGUUUCUUAAGUUGCAUUUUAUGUGGUUGUUACCUCUCAACUACGCGUUGUAAUUGACGUUUACAUCAAAUUAAUUUUUCCCUCCAAAGUUGAAUGCAUGGUAAGAUGCCCCUGCUGAAGGACAAGCGAUUUGAAAAGGCUUCUCUUCCAAAUGGUCUUCUUCAAGAUGAAGAUGUAUUCCAUUGUGUCAUCACAAAUGAAAUAUUUCGUGAUUAUGACGAGUUUUGUCAAAGAAUAAUAUUAUGCAACUCGAUGGUAUGGACCUGCGAGUAUACCGGAAAAACUGGCCUUACGUACUUAGAAGCCUUAGAAAGUGAAAAGCAGGUACAAGAAUUGUUAAAAGAGUUGUCAACGGAAUUACGCGUCGCUGUAUUGUUCCUUGCAAGUAAAACCCACCGAAAUUCAUUAACUGAAAUGGUUGACGACCUAUACUCGUUCAUGAGAGAUCGAUUUUUUAUAGGAGAAAAUGUGAAUGCAUCAUUUGCAAAUAAUAAAUGGAAGGAAUCGCACAUACUACAAGUGAUAGCUCCCUCGGAGAAACAACUGAAAGAUUCGCAAAAGAAUGGGCAUGCCAAUGAAAAAUAUUAUCCUCCAUCUUCAUUGUACAGCUACGAAGUGGAACAGCUAGAUGCCGAAGACGAAGAUAGUUCACACAUUAUGGUCGUUAAUGCGUCACAAAUUAAACGAAAACGCAAAUUAACGCGUGAUAAAUUAAAGUUUUUUCUAAAGCAAUACAUUACCCAAAGUGAUAAUUUUAUAUAUGUGAUAAAAGAAAAAGUAUUACGGUCCUUCGGUAUACCCUCGAUGAAUUUCAGUAAGAUCUUCGACGGGCCCCUUCCGAAUUUCGGCAUCUCGAAGCAGAAGAAAAAGAAACAGAAAUUUAUAACCGAAUUUUUAGUCGAUAACCAGAAUGGGAUGGUACUGGAGAAGUUGGCAAAAUUAAGGCGACAAGAGGAGGAAAAGAUGGCGGAGAAAAUGAAACUUAAGGAAGAGAAUUUAAAAAUUUCUAGCCUUCUGAAAGAGUGGUAUAUGCCUAAGGAGGAUUUAGAAUUGGAAGAUCACAAGGUAUUACCUGUGCCCGCACCUGUACAGUCGAAAGUACCCGAGCAAUAUAUUGGGGAUAUAAUAGCCAUAAUCGAAUUUGCUCAUACGUUAGCAAAAUUUGUUCAUCCAAAGAUGUACUUUCCUAAUGAUUUAACUUUCGAUUUAAUGGAAAGAGCUCUGACACAAAGAGAGGUAUCUGGGCCUCUCUCUGACGUAAUUCAGAUGUUGCUGUCUGCUGUUUUUGAUUUACAGUACAUUGAAAAGCCUCAAGUAUACUCGAGGAUUGAUUGCUCUGGUGAUGAAAAGGUGAAAGAUGUUAAUGGUAAUAUCAGUUUAUCCGAAGCAACACAUUUGGCAGCAAAGGCAGCAGUAUGGAGCCAAGAAUAUCUAGGAUACCCUCUUGAAAAGCUACCUUUGUUCCCUCUCACAACAACUGAAAUUUUGCGGAUGCAUUUAUUAUCGUCGGGCGCGCGUUUAACAUACUACGGCACAAAAAUGAGAGUUGAAGGUAGAGGCGGUUAUGUGAGUGAAGAUGAUCCCGCGCUUCACUUACGUCUAAAAUACCCACACAUAAUUAAAGCUCUAGCUCUACACAAUGUUAAUAAUUUACCGAUCAGCGAUAAGUUAAAAAUUAUUCAUUGCUUAAUGGAUCAAAUUUUGACUUACGCGGACGUGCGCGAUCACAUCGAGGAUACUUUGGAGAAAGUCAGACAAGCAAAGUAUGACUUAAAACUGCAGUCCUCCGUGGAGCGUAAACUAGAGCAGGAAUAUAAUGCUGACAAAGCUAAAAUAAUGGCCUCUGACAAUAAUGUAAAAUGGAAUCUAGAAAAGUUAGAGAAAGAGUAUGAUAAGAAAAGGUAUCAGCACGCGAAAGAAUUAGCAAGCUUACAGAAAAUGGCCAAGAACCAGACGUUUUUAGGUCAAGAUCGGGCUUUCAGGAAGUAUUUCAAGAUUCAUUCCAUUCCCGCUGUCUGUGUGAGUAUGGAAGAUGACUCUGGAGUUUGCUUGGAUGAAUAUGUAAAACAAAUUCCACAUUUAGUUGGCGCAGACAGAGCAACAAUCUUGAUGCAUGUGCGCAAACUUUACGACAAUAGUAGCGAUAAAGAAAAUGUUGAAAACAAAGAUGUUGAAAAUAGAAGUGAAGCCGAAAACAAAGCAGUCGAAGGUAGUGGUGGUAAUGAGCCAAAAGUAAACGGUAUACACCAUCCCAUAACUGAUGAAGCGACAUCUCUCUUAAUAUGUAGUGCAGAUCCGGCAAAGUGUCCAGUACAUUCCCAAAGUAUGAAACAGAAGUGGUCAUUUUUUUAUGAAGAUAAGCAAAUUAAUGAACUUAUUGCGUCGUUAAACGAGCGUGGCAUAAGGGAGUCUGAAUUGAAACAAGCAGUCAUUAGUGACAAAGAGGAUUUGAUUUCCUUUGUUAGCCAAACGCCAAUUGCUAAUCUAAAUCCCUACAUCCAAACUGAUGCUGAAAGUAGGUUAAGACCCAGGAGGCAGGGUGGUAAAUCCAAAUAUGAUGAUGCUAAUUUUGGAUUUGAGGGUGAUACUGAUCUGCUAACUGUUUUGCAAUCUGUUCUCAUUGAUAAGGUGUUGGUAAUGGAGACUAAUAUCUCUUCCGGUACUAUAGGCUCAUUGCAAGUGGAAGACCGUAAUAAAUGGAGAGAGAUGUUAAUCAAUAAAGAUUUUGACUCCUUUAUCCACACCUACCAAACACGACUGUCAAAAGAGGCUCACAACCGAAAAAAUGGUAGUUCAAGAUCUGCUUACUCAAAUGAUGUUAUGGAAGUAAUCAAAGAGUACAAAGACCAUGGCCAGUUUCUAAGUUCUAUUCAAACUAAUUGUGAAGAUAAUGGUAUUGAUUACAGUACAUUACUAAAUAUAAGUAAAGAGCACACUAGUGCAAUUCAAGCACUUUCUAUUGCACUUGUACAAAUAGGUCGUGGAAUGGAGGAUCAGUAUCUCAAGAAACCUUUAGGAAAUACGCACCAGAGAAGUGAUAAAGGCGUUAAAGGCGGAUUAUUAAAAAAAUGGGAACAAUCUCUCUUGUCCGCCUCUAGCUAUGAUCAAAUAUUCUUGCAUUAUGAAGUACUUAACAAGUGCAUAUUCUGGACUCGGUCUGCUCUGGUAACUAAAUGUCAAGUCUGUCGAAAGCAGGCCAAUGCAGAAAGCAUGAUAUUGUGUGAUUCGUGUAACAAGGGGCAGCAUCUGUUUUGCUUUAAACCAAAGCUUACGGCUGUACCCAAAGAUAGUUGGUAUUGCAAAGAUUGUGAAAAAGAAAUGGAUAAAGAGGCAAAACUGGAGGAGAAGGUGCCCAGAUGGAAAAAAAUUAUAGAUCUUGAUACUCCAGAAGAUUGGGAAGGUGAUGUGGAGUGUAUAGAGGAUGAUUGUGUGGAUCUUGUGGACGAUGAUGAUCUAGACAUUGUAGAGGAUGACGAGGUUGUUGAAGUGUUACCAACCAAAGAUACGGACGAGGAAGAAAACAACACAGAGUCGGAUGAAGAAGAGGAAUCUAACAAUGAUGAUCCGACUUAUAAAGUAGUAUACACCGACUUGACCGCUUUGGACUUGUCUGAAAAUGAAAGUGAAGAAAGUAUCGAUGAAAAUGACACUUGCAGUAAAUGUAGGACGGGCGGGACUUUGCUGUGUUGUGACAAUUGUCCCGACAUGUUUCAUGUCGAGUGUGCUGAACCUCCUUUACGACGAGUGCCUCGCGGGAAAUGGUUUUGUCAUAACUGCAAACUACACUUAUCAGGUAGCACAAGCGGUAGUGAGAAUGGUUCUACCAGAAGAUCGAAACGUCGUGAAACAGACCGCCGGGACGAUUUACCAUUGCAUAAUGCGCCACUACAAGAAGUCUUGGCAGAUGUACUAAAACAAGAAUACGCAUGGCCGUUUAUUCGGCCUGUAGUGAAAAAUGAGGUGCCUGAUUACUAUGAUAUAAUAACAAAACCCAUGGAUUUUGGUACAAUUAAAUAUAAACUAAAUAUGGGGGAAUAUAAAUGUGAUGCUGAUUUAAUGGACGACGCAGCUCUCGUUUUCGACAAUUGUAACACGUAUAAUAGUGCUGAUGAUGAGGUUUAUCAUUGUGGAGUUAAAUUGUUGAAGUAUUUUGUAAAUAAGUGCCACGAACAUGGUUUGAAAGUUAAUCCGAAAAUGGAAAAUGAAAUUAACUCACCUUCAAAACCUAAAAGAUUGCGCAUUGAUUAUUAGUAUUAUUAGUUUAGGCGUGUAUAGUAAAUUAUUUUCAUAGUAGCUGUAACUUUACUGUAGCUUGUUCUAUUUUUUUAUUGUACAUUUUUUAUUAACCAGUUUCCCUUAUAUUUUAAUUUUUGCCUGUUUAUUAUAUUAGAAUGUCACAAUUUCAAAACUACUUUA